CGCGGGAGCGCAGUCUUGUGCCGCGGUCUCUCUGGGCCGGGGGUGUCCCGCGGAUCCGUCCCGCGCCUGCGGCCGGCCCCUCGCCCUUGUCCCGUGCGGGCUGUGCCCGGCCCGGACUGCUGCGUGGCCCCGCGGCGGCCCCGGGGCUUCCCUGUGCUGGCGUCCUGCGGCCCCCGCGCUCGGGUCCGCGGCCCGGCCCGGCCCCGCUCGGGGCUGCCGGUGCCCGUCCUCCAGGAAGGGUGCCGUGUUCAUGGCCUGCGGGGGGCCCUGGACCGCGCCCGGAGCCGGAUGAAGCCGCUUCUGCAGGACUGAGACCGCUGCCAUUUAAGGCUGGUGCAGAAGCGGCUGCCCUGCCUUGCCCCCUUCUUGUAUUGGUCCAAUUUCGGACUAAUCCAGCGUCUGCUUUUAGCCGGGUCCCAGUGUGCGGGGUCACUCUGGGUAAAAGCAGGCCUGGGACUUCCCUCAGGACAAGGUCUCUUUCCUGGGACUCUACAGACAGAGGAGCCCGUUGCCCCAUUCAAGUACAUUUGAAGUAUCCAAGAUAAUGCUUUGUCUGGGAGAGCCACAGUGAAUUUGAGUUACUUCCAGGGACCAGGUGCAUGUCUGUGGUUGCCAGGCUUUACCUCAGCCAGAACCAGUUCAGAUCCAACAUCUGUUUCUAGCUUUUGAGCAACAGGUGACUCCAAUCCUGGGCUCAUGUUAAGAGCUCCAGGUAAACCAUGCAGGGAUGAUAUUUCCAAACUUGAUCUCUGGGUAUUUCAGGUGUCACUGACUUCUCCUGUGUUGUAAGAACCCAGCCGAGUGCAUAGUUUCAUCAUCAGAAAUCAGGAUCCCCGAGUAAGAAUUUUAGUGGGUGACUGCUCAUAAUGCACAGGCUCAUGGCGUGGGUCUGGCUUGCUCUUCUGUAGUUAUGGUAGCUCUAUCAAUGCCAACAGGUCAGCAGACCUGGCUUUAGUACAAGGAGCUGAAAGGAUGUGAAAGAUCAUUUAAGAGACACUUUUGUAUAUCAAGAAUUUCCAUUCCAGUGUUGUAUGCUGUUAGUCAUUGUACCAUCUAAGUACUAACAUUUAUUUAACCUCUGGAUUUUAUCAUGGACAAGAUGUGAAGGACAAGAGUGCGGGAGAAUGCUAAAAUAGUCCUGUCAAUGGAAAAAGUGUUGACAACUGCCUCCAUCAUUGUGGAAACAUGGAAAGAAAAUAUCCGUCCAGAGAGAGCUCCAGAAAGCUACUGGGUAAAAUGUUGGAGAUGAAGAAAUUAAGCCAUCAUUUCAAUAUGGCAGCAGCUGAAUCUGACAAGGACUCUGGAUUCUCAGAUGGGAGUUCUGAGUGCCUGGGCUCCAUGGAGCAAACUGACUCGGAGGAUAGGCUGAACACGUUUUGCUGGAAUUCAGAGGAUGGGCCCUGGCAGUGCCCUGUGACCACAAGCAAUUCCUUCCCUGCACUUUCUCCUAUGGUUGUAAUGAAAAAUGUGCUGGUCAAACAGGGAAGCAGUUCAUCGCAGCUUCAGUCUUGGACUGUCCAGCCAUCUUUUGAAGUGAUUCCAGCUCAGCCACAGCUAGUGUUUCUUCAUCCCCACAUUGCUCCUCCUGUUAAUCCUCACUUCGUUGGCAAAAAAAGGAAUGACUCCACUAAUUACCUGCCCAUCCUGAAUUCCUACACAAAAAUAGCACCACAUCCCUGCAAAAGGGAUCGUGACUUGGAAAGAGAUGAGACCAGUAGGCAGAAACGGCUCUGUACAGAAGCACCUAAGAGAGAAACAUCUCCCUCUGUACCAAGCAACAGCAGCUUACCCUCGAGUCCCUGUGGCCAAUUAUUACUUGGCUUUAAGCCUGCUCAGGACUCUAAUCAGCAGAGCACUCCAGCUUCAGUGGCAGGUGGGAAAAUGUCAAGUAUGCCUAGUUUUCAGUGUGUUUCUACUGAUAAUCAGAAAGCCCCAGGUUUGACUCCCUUCCAGGCAUCAAAAUGCACUUCUCAUGAGAUUGAGAAUCCAGCACAGCAUCUGAUGCAGUCUGCAAUAUGCAGCCAGCCCUUGGCACCAGAGGAUCUGUGCACGACUCCUGAGCUAUUCUUGCAGCAGCAAAGUAAGUGCAGGCGCUUUCAGAAUACCUGGGUUGUACUGCGGAGGUCUGGAUUGUUGGAAAUCACCUUGAAAACCAAGGAGUUGAUUCAUCAGAACCAGGUGACCCAGAUCCAGCUGGACCGGCUGAAGCAGCAAACACAGCUGUUCAUGGAGGCAAUAAAGAACAAUGCUCCUCAGGCCUGGGAAGAGCUACAGGCAUCUCUAACUGGGUCUGAGAGAGUUAACAGCAGUCUUGAGUCCACCUAUCCUAGCAUGUAGUUCACAGCUAUUGUUCAAAUGAUUCCUGUGCCUCCUUAUUUCCAGUUUUCUAAGUCUGAGACUGCUUAACAGCUUAUAAAGCAACAUGUAAUUAACAAUGUCCACAAGGCCAAUUGUGAAACUGGCACAGUGUUGGAGUGGCUUUGAAAAAUAGGUCCUGCUGUUUCAUGUGAUUGGUAACUGUGCUCUUCAUUGGACCAGAGAAGCACAUAUGUGCUAAGAUGAUGCAUUCCCACUCUUGUGGUAAAAAGAGCCAUUUACAGUGUUCUAGUAAGUACCCUUCUUUUCAUCACAUCUCUGGGCAGCCAUUCAUAGAACAGAAUAGAGCCAUCCAUGGAGUUUCAUGGGAGCUGAUGGGGAGAAAAAAGAAGUUUUCAUGGGUAAUAUGUUAUCUCCAGAGUGCGGUUGGUACCCUACCAGGUGGUGUGGCCUUUAGGUCAUAGCCACAUUUAACUAGUGGAGAUCUGCUUUCAUUGAAGUUGCAUUUAAUAUACAGCUUUGCUUAAACAAGGCAAUGAGAGCAUCUGCAAAAAUAAUAAGCAGUUCCAGGCAGGCCCUGUUAGUGUGCUUAUUUUGGUUUUGCUUUCUUUAAAACUGAGUUGGGUGAAAGUUAGAAAAUAAAAUUAAAAAGGUUUUGCAUUGAAAGUAAUUAUUUAAAAACCAUGUUUAUUCGCACUGCUUGUUAACAAUUAACAGUUAUACUAAGCAGGUAGCUUUGGAUUUUCCACGUGUGUAAUGAUUUAAACCCUGACCCCUGUUACUUCAUUUAAAAAAAAAAAAAAAAAAGUUAAUUUGCAGUGACUUUGUUGUAUGUAGUAUGAAGAUGAUGUUCCUCACCAGCCAGGAAUAAUCUGUCAAGACUUCAUUUGAUUUGUAUCUAUCCAAUUUAGGAGACUAGGGUUUUUUUGAGCUGUGAAAUCUUGCUAAGUUUAAAAAGGGCGGGUGGGGGGGGGAAGGUUGUAGUGGCCCCACAGUACAACAAGCCCUUGUUUCUCUUUUUUAAAAGAACCAUCAGGGAGUCUGUAAGAGAGAGACGCUGCCAGCUUAGUUAACUCUUCCCCAGAAUCUGAUCGACCUGAUCUUGAACACUUUUAUUUAAUAAUGUUUGUGAUAGGAGCAGCACCAUUAUUAAUCCUCUUGAAGUGCAUGCAUACACCCCGGUGCCAGCUGAGGCAAUAGACUAUGUCAAAGGUACACAAAAAUCUUCUUGCAAAAGCUGUUCUGUGGAUGUGUUUAUUUUUUAAUUUGAAAAGUUGUUCAGCUUCACACUGAACCAUUUUAUUAUGGGAUGCAUAAAAUAGAUAUGAUAUAUCCCUAUCAGGAAUAAAGUGAAUAUUCUGGUGGUGUUUUACAAUUGUGAGAUCAGAGUUCAGUGCCUUUUGGUUUGGAAAUACUUUUGAAGAAACUUGAAGUCCAGGUGAUCACUUCUCUUUGCAUCUCCUUUAUUUAUUGCAGUUUCUUCAUAACAUCUGAUGAAGUGGGCUGUUGCCUACAAGAUCUCAUGCAUCUCUGAACCAGUUAGUCUCUGAGGUACUACCUUGCUCUAUCUUCUUCCUUUCCUUAAAAAAGAAGAUAAACACUUUUUCAGUCAAAAAUAAAGGGCAGGCCUCACACUAACUUCAGUAUCUUUAGGUGUUCAUUGUUCUGAUUGUCUCAGAAAUGAGUACUGCACUGGGCACUGAAGGGUGUUUCUGUAGCCUUCAAACAACAAAAGAUUUAGAGGAACUUUGGAAGCAGGGGAGGUUUUCUCCUUUUUAGCACAUUUCUUACUUAAUAGGAAUUGCACAUGUGCCUCAAGGGGAGAGGAAACCCAAGCCAAGCAUGGACUGGUCUUUUGGCCUAGAGAGAUUUCCUAGCAGGCUCAGGAAGCCUUAGGGCCCUCUCAGGAUCCAGCUGAGUAAUAGCAGAUUAAGUGCAGCUUGUUUGGUGGUACCCUACCCACAAGCUUAAGCAGAAGAUGGAAUUUAAGGUCAUGCACAGGCCACCUUCUACCUUUGUCUGAAUAUAGUUUGCUCCUGUUACAAAUUAUGGUGUGUGAUUUGAGGCAGCAGGUUUGAAUAAGAGGGUGUAGAGGACAGGAUAGAUAUACACAUGCCAGACUAAACAUUGAGGGUAUAUUUCUGCUGCAUAAUACUGGCACUCAAGUUAGCUUGGUUACAAGGAGCAGUCUUGCUACAAUACUGUAUAGCUCUGUGCACCUAAUUUACCCUGAUGAGAAAUUGUGUAGCUUCCAAUCUCCUUAUCCAAAGCAGGGGGAAAAGGCUAUUUCUAUUGCUUUGAGUGAUGCAGAUGUAUUUGGCUUGAGGAAAAUAGCUAUGCGAGCCACCUCUAAUUAGUCCCUUUCUUUCUCUGGAAUCUUUGCCUUCCCCAUCUGAUGGCAUAGAGAGUCCCUAAGCUCAGACUCUAUUUUUUAAGCAACAGCUGUUCUAAAAAGUGACAUGAGGGGUCUAGAAUGAAUUACUGACACUCUAGAGAUGGAAGGAAGGAAGUUCAGUCCUGGUUGUCUGAAUGUGAGAGAAAUGUGAGCUGGUGGCUGGCUCUACUUGCAACUCUCUAGAACAGAAAAUGUUUGCUGUUUCCCCAACAGUGUGUUUUCAAGGUGAGAGAAGUAAAACUGUCAUAGUCCACUCUACGAUGUGCACACUCUUCCCUGACAGUAUAGGUGCUGGGUGAGUGAGUACUCCAAGUUUGUGGACUCUUCUAUUGGUGGUGGUUUAAUUUAUAUAAAUAUAUUUUGUUUUUUUAAUAAAACUGUGAAUAAAUAAGAGCAGUUGCUUGGAAAUCUUACUGGGUAUCAGUCCAAACUUCUUAAACAAUAUUUGCUACAUUACAAAGAUCUACUUUAGAGCUGUUAUGUAGGCCUGGAGUUCCUUUGGAGCCACAUGCCCAGAUAAAGAUUUUCACUUAUGUAAAAUUAUUAUGCAACAUAUUGGAGGUCUCUAAUGCAAAUACAAUAAGUAUGAUAAAAUACAGUCAAAUCUCAAUAAAAUACAAAGUGUCAAUGAAACCUGGUCUUCUUGCUUUUCUCUUAGCUGCCUUUCUUCCUGGUUGUCUUGCUCAAGCUUUAUACAGCCAGGGCUUUUUUAGCGUAGCUGUAGCUUAAUAAAAUAGUUGGGCAUGGAACUGUGGUGAGAGAACUUGCUGCUCUUAAUAGAUUAUUUUUAGAGCAGUGAUCCAUUCCACUCCUAAUCUGGAAAAUGGCUGGGCAGGAUUGAUCAGAAAUAUCAACCUCUUAAAUUAAACAGUUCUGUAGUUGUUGGAUUUUAAGUUGAACUGUUGAUUUCUGGAUUUUAAUUUGAACUGUUGAUCCAGCUGCAGCUUUGUUCUAACAAAUUAGAAUUCAAGAAAGAAGUUCUGGACCCUAAGAUUAUCUAAGCAGCUUUCUGGGGUUCCUAUUAUGGCUGCUGACAACUAGUAGAUGUCACACAAAGAAAAGGCAGAUGGGUCAAGCAGACUUUGGCUUUCAUGUAAAGUUUUAAUAAUUCUUGAUCGUUUUGAACCUGUAAUUGCUUUUAUUGAGAGGGUUUUUUUAACUUUAACUGCAAUUGGAAUGUAAACAUUUUCUGUACCUUUAAGUGCAUUGCCAGCUCUGAAUACAGUAUGUAAAAACUUAGUUACAAAAUGUGACUUUUUUUGUAAAACUUUGCAGAAAUGGACUGUGAAAUAUGAACAAAAUAAAGUAUAUGCUUGAAAACCUA